AUGACUCACCGUCCCACAGCAUGCCUCACCGUCCCCACAGCAUGCCUCACCGUCCCCACAGCAUGCCUCACCGUCCCACAGCAUGCCUCACCGUCCCCACAGCAUGCCUCACCGUCCCCACAGCAUGCCUCACCGUCCCACAGCAUGCCUCACCGUCCCACAGCAUGCCUCACCGUCCCACAGCAUGCCUCACCGUCCCACAGCAUGCCUCACUGUCCCACAGCAUGCCUCACCGUCCCACAGCAUGCCUCACCGUCCCACAGCAUGCCUCACCGUCCCACAGCAUGCCUCACCGUCCCACAGCAUGCCUCACCGUCCCACAGCAUGACUCACCGUCCCACAGCAUGCCUCACCGUCACCACAGCAUGCCUCACCGUCCCACAGCAUGCCUCACCGUCCCACAGCAUGACUCACCGUCCCACAGCAUGCCUCACCGUCCCACAGCAUGACUCACCGUCCCACAGCAUGCCUCACCGUCACCACAGCAUGCCUCACCGUCCCACAGCAUGCCUCACCGUCCCACAGCAUGCCUCACCGUCACCACAGCAUGCCUCACCGUCACCACAGCAUGCCUCACCAUCACCACAGCAUGCCUCACCGUCCCACAGCAUGCCUCACCGUCCUCGCUGGCUACAAACCUUGCACAAUGGCGUCACGGUUAAUACAGUUCCGCCCCUUAAGAUUCUUGCCCUGAUUUACGAGGCCAGCCCAAGUUCCAAGUUUACACCAUAA